CAGGCCUGUGUCUCUUUACAGCAGUUGUGUGCCGGAAAUAUGGCUACGGACUGGCUUGGGAGCAUUGUGUCAAUUAAUUGUGGAGAAAGCUUGGGAGUCUACCAAGGACGAGUGUCUGCUGUGGAUCAGGUCAGCCAGACCAUUUCCUUGACACGGCCCUUCCAUAAUGGGGUCAAGUGCCUCGUGCCAGAAGUCACCUUCAGGGCAGGUGACAUUACUGAGCUGAAAAUUCUGGAGAUCCCAGGUCCAGGGGACAGCAGACAAUGUGGGGAUCUGCAGCAGACAGAAAUGGGCGUCCCUGGUGUUGGGUGCCAAGUAGGUCCCAGUCAGAAUGGCACUGGGAAAGUGUUGAAGAAGCCCAUCUCCAGCAGUGCCCCACAGAAUAUCCCACGGAGAACGGACUUGAAGAAUCAGGAUAUUAUCAUCUCUCCACAGCAGCAGUGCUCCAAGAGCUACAUGGAUCGACAUGUGGAAACAUUGACUCAAUCCAAAGGCUUCCGUCGUAGACACAAUUCCUGGUCAUCCAGUAGCCGUCAUCCGAACCAAGUGACUCCAAAGAAGAGUGGCCUGAAAAACGGGCAGAUGAAGAGCAAAGAUGAUGAGUGCUUUGGGGACGACAUUGAUGAAAUCCCAGACACAGAUUUUGAUUUUGAAGGGAACCUGGCCCUUUUUGACAAAGCAGCUGUGUUUGAAGAGAUUGAAACUUAUGAGAGGAGGAGUGGCACUCGUUCCCGGGGGACCCCAAAUGAGAAACAGGCUCGCUAUCGGCACGACGAGAACAUCUUAGAAUCGGAGCCCAUAGUCUACAGAAGGAUUGUCGUACCCCAGAAUGCUAACAAAGAAUUCUGCACGGACUCCGGGCUGGUCGUUCCAAGCGUGUCUUACGAGCUUCACAAGAAGCUGCUCUCCGUUGCAGAGAAGCACGGGCUGACUCUGGAGCGGAGGCUGGAGAUGACGGGCGUGUGUGCGAGUCAGAUGGCCCUCAGCCUCCUUGGGGGACCCAACAGGCUGAACCCGAAGAACGUGCAUCAGCGGCCCACGGUCGCCCUGCUAUGUGGCCCCCACGUGAAGGGGGCCCAGGGGGUCAGCUGCGGACGACACCUCUCCAACCACGACGUCCACGUCAUCCUUUUCCUGCCUAACUUUGUGAAGAUGCUGGAAUCCCUCACCAACGAGCUGAACCUUUUCAGCAAGACGCAAGGCCAGCAGGUGUCCAGCGUCAGAGAUCUCCCAGAUACCCCCGUUGACCUAGUGAUCAACUGCCUGGAUUGUCAUGAAAAUGCCUUUUUGAGAGAUCAGCCUUGGUACAAAGCAGUCGUGGACUGGGCCAACCAGAACCGGGCCCCCGUCCUCAGCAUAGACCCUCCAAUAAACGAAAUGGAGCAGGGCAUUGAUGCCAAGUGGUCGCUGGCCUUGGGCCUGCCCCUGCCCCUGGGCGAGAGGGCAGGGCGCGUGUACCUCUGUGACAUUGGCAUUCCCCAGAAGGUCUUUCAGGAGGUGGGAAUAAACUACCACUCGCCCUUCGGCUGCAAAUUUGUCAUCCCCCUCCACUCCACUUAGAGCUCAUCCAGCCACACGGCUCUGCAGGGAGAGAAGAGAAAAGGAGGAGGUCUGUCAAAUAAGCUGUCCAGUGGAUCCUGACUAGUAAACUCGUGACGCCUUAAGGAUGUGAAGUUCUGGAGUUUUGUUUGCAGAAGAAACACUCUGUAUUAAAAAAAAAAAAAGAGAAAAUAAUCAAAGUGAAACAAAAAAAGAAGGAAGUGAAUGUUCCUGCAAAGCUGUUUUCAUUCUCUAGUGCCAUUGUAUGAAGGAACACGCAGGAAGGUGGUGCCUGUCCCCAGCGGAGGCAGCUGCUCUUGUCCAGGCCCGGCCAGACGGCUGUUUAGUGAGGGGGUGUACAUGGAGGUGCUACAAGUGACCGAUGGUUUGGAGAUGUUUCUCAGUCCCUGUGGGUGGAUAGGCCCAGCAAGGGGCGUCCAGGUGGGAACAGCACCCCCUGAUUGUGUAGAAAUACCUUCUGUUGCAGUUGUACCAGGAGGGAGGAUUUGGUUUCGUUCUGUUGUUCUUUUUGACUCCCCUCUCCCCCAUUUUAUAUUCCUGAAGGCAGUUGUAGCUCACUCUCCCCCCUGGACCCUGCAGCCCCUCAAGAGGAGCGUUCCCUCUUCGGAAAGCUUGUGUCUGAGCCAGAAGUGCUCAGGUUGCACAGGCUCUGGGAGCACAGAUGUCCUCAGCUAGGCCUUACUUGCUUAUAUGCUCUGUUGGCUUUUUGUUUGU